AGAGAUUGGAGUACACGGAAGUGACGGUUCUAUCUUACAAACUUUAGUUAGGAAAGAAGUAAUUUAUUUUCUUGAGAACGAAGUACUUUUUGACCACGAAUGCUUGAUGGAUCUUGGCUCCCUUUUAAUAAAGUUGUCAUCGAAUUUCCGUAUUGCCAUAUGUUUAUACGAAAUUCUGAGUCAAGAAAAACCAAAAAUUGACGAGGGAGAAACGAGUAUCGUGUUUGUCGCCGGUUCUCUUUGUAAGACAUGUACCUUACUAGACGAGAAUAUCCGCACUGCCAUAGAAGAUUACAGAGAAGAAAUUAAAAUGUUUUCAUUGUAAAAGUUUUAAAUAAAAAAUAAAAUAAAAACUCGCACGGUAAUAUAUUUUUUUUUUAUUAAAGCACAAAAUAAAUUUCCUAUUUUAGAUGCCGAAGAAAGGACAGAAUAUUUAUGUCAAAUACAAAGAAUCAGAUCUGGAAAAUGCGGUGGAUGCUGUAAAAUUGAAAGGGAUGAGCUACGGAAAAGCAUCCAAAAUGUUCAAAGUCCCCAAAACAACAAUAGUGGAUCAUGUGACCGGAAAAAUUAAAAAAGGUGCAAAACCGGGACGGAAAACGGUAUUUCUAAUAGAAAUAGAAAAUACUAUAGUGGAGAGGGUUUUGGCUGCCGCAGAAAAGGGCUUUGGGGUCACCAAAAAGCAACUUGUAAUUAAAGUUGCUCGCCUUGCCAAAUUAAAAGGUUUCACAUUUCAGAAUGGGGUUCCCCAAGAUGACUGGUGGAGAGGAUUCAAGUCUAGGCAUCCAGAAAUUGUCAUACGCAAACCAGAGCAGCUGUGCACUUCGCGUUCUCGAAUGCUAAACAAGACGGUGGUUAACAAAUAUUUUGACGAUCUUCAUAAAAUCAUCAGAGAGAAUAAUUUAGCGGCGUGUGAUGUAUGGAAUGCGGAUGAAACUGGAAAACAAUUCUGUCACAGUCCCUCUGCCGUUCUUGCUCGGCGAGGGGUUAAGUCUCUGCCAGGAAGAACCUCAACCUCUCGCCAUAAUAUUACAAUACUGGCAUGCGUCAAUGCUGCUGGUAACAAGAUGUCUCCGAUGUGUGUUGUCAAAGGUAAAACUCCGAGAUGUUUGGAGUCAUUUGGUGCAUCACCCUAAGAUACAGUUUGGACUUGUCAAGAAAAGGCUUGGAUGUGCGACUUGCUUGGCGAGCUGUGGUUCAAAAAUGUCUUCCUUCAACACUGUGGAACUCAAGAUUCACACAGUUCUCAUGAGGUGUUACGUCUUUUGGAGGCAGCUAUUCCUCAUAACAUCAUGAUAAUGGCAUUACCUCCUCACACUUCCCAUCAUCUGCAGCCACUUGACAAGUCAGUGUUCGGGCCCUUCAGUAAGGCUUAUGACAGAGCUUGCUCAGAAUUUAUGGCAGAUCACCCUGAUCACCAAGUCAAUAAGGCCACUUGGCCAAGAUUAUUUAAAUCAGCAUGGGACAAAUCAGUUACGGCUGACAACAUUAAGAGUGGGUUUCGUGCCACUGGUAUCUGGCCUUUGGAUGCCAACGCUUUGCCAGAUUAUGUUUAUUUGCCAUCGGAAGCUUUUGACAUUCCCUUGAGCACCCAGCUCUCUACCUCCUCUGCACCUCGUGACUCCCAGCCAUCUACCUCCUCUGCACCACGUGACUCCCAGCCAUCUACCUCCUCUGCACCGCUUGACUUGUCUUUAACUCUCCUUGCCGAGACAGCCGUCUCAUUAACUGAACAUGUCAAUGAAUCAAGCAGCUCAACUGACCCAGGGUGAAUACCAGACGACAUGGCUAUCCUGGAUGUUCAGAUACCCCCAGCAGACGUUGGGACGCUUUUGAAUGCAUUAGGAAACGGUGCUCUUGAACUGACUGCCGCCGGCGAUGUGGACAGCAGUACAUAUAGUGCACAUAACUGGAAUACUGAAAUUGAUGACAUCUUCUCCAUUCCGCAGCCUACUCCAAAGAUUCUUAAAUCGUCAUCUUCUGGCAGCAUUACCAGUCAUCGUCUUCUCACUAGCGACGAGGUUGUCAACGGAAAGCGGGAAAGACAAGCUGCAAAGGAAAAUAAAGAAAA